GGCUGAACUCUACUCGAACCCCUCAAAUUCCUCCUUCGAACAUUCUCGAGCCUCAUCCCACAGCUAUAUAGCUCGCCCAUUCGACUGAUGAAGACGCUCUCCUCCAUCUUUUUCGCCAUCAUCGCAAUUGCAGCAGCAAUCUACAACAACCCAUACAUGCUCUCGCGCUUUACACGCUUGACGAAGCACUUCACAUCUACACAAAACUUUACGACUACCUCCACAGGCAUGGCUGCAAACGGCAUGUUCCGCGGACUGCCCGUCAUCCCAGAUGAGCAGUUCACCACCACAGCGCCCCGCAAGAUCGCCAAGUCCUUCCUCGCAGUUGAGCAGUCUGAAGGCGCAGGCGCUCGCGUCCGCCGCUCAGUGGGCACACCCAAGCUCCGCAACUUCUCGCCCUUCCUCAUGCUCGACCACUUCGCCAUUCCUCCGGGCGCUGGCUUCCCCGACCAUCCGCACCGCGGCCAGGAAACAAUCACGUACCUGCUCUCUGGCGCAGUAGACCACGAAGACUUCGCUGGCAACAAGGGUACAAUCGAGACGGGCGAUCUGCAGUUCAUGACUGCGGGACGCGGUAUCGUACACGCAGAGAUGCCACAACAGAAUGAGAAGGGCGAGGCGAACGUGGGCAUGCAGCUCUGGGUUGACCUGCCCAAGGAGCUCAAGUCCUGCGAACCAAGAUACCGCGACUUGAGGGCUAAGGAGAUCCCUGAAGCCACAUCAGAGGACGGCAAGGUCAAGGUCAAGGUCAUCAGCGGUCUGGCUUACGGCACAGAGUCCCUGAAGGAGCUGGCAUACACACCGGUCUGGCUCCUCGAUUUUACUGUUCAGCCUGGUGGCACCGUCAAGCAGUCGCUGCCUAAGGGCUGGAACGCUUUCGCUUACCUUCUGAACGGCACCACCAUCUUCUCCACUGGCGGCGAGUCACGACCGAUCGAGCAGUACCACAACGUUGUGUUUGACAAGGAGGGUGACAGUAUCGAGGCCUCGGUUGAGGAGGGCGCAGAGGAGUCGAGGUUCAUCUUGGUCGCCGGUUUGCCGCUUGACCAGCCUAUUGUUCAGUACGGACCUUUUGUUGUUACGUCAAGGGACGAGGUUAUGCAAGCUAUGCAGGACUAUCAGACACAUUCGAACGGAUUUGAGCGGGCGCACAACUGGGAGAGUGAAAUUGGAAAGAGUAUGAUUCACUAGAUGAAGAAUGUUAGUAACAUCGUCACGUUGAGGCGGCCUGUAUAUAGCUUUUCUUUACUUUUCAAUAUCACCAAGUCGUUUUCGUUUUCUAACACAGUUCUCACGAUCUUCACUAGCCAUGUGCACACCAGAAGUUAC